AUGGCCGUAUAUGCUGUCAAACGUCAGAGUAGAGUGGUUGCAUGCGCCCUGGGCACCGCAAACGAGCCAAAUGUCACGUCACCCCAUCUGCGUCACGGUUGUUCUGGAAGGCCCACGGCGUCGUCACCCGGCGGUAGCGGUGGAAAGGGAAAGCCUGGGUCUCGGCAUCGUCGUUGUCGCCCAGCGUUGGACAGCGUGGGGUCAAUUGACCUUCCACCUCGGGCAGUGACCCGACUGCAACAUGAAUGA